AUGGCCACUGAAAAGAAGGCUAUGGAUUCUGAGCCUAGGUUUGCUCGAACUGUACCAGACCCUUAUUCUACAACAAAGAAACAUGUUCAGUCUCCUCCAACAGAUGACACAAACCGUACUGUUAGAGAGUCCACUACCUCAUCUGUUGCGGUUAGUCCAUGUGCUAAUGGAUCUGAUGUAGUCUCUACUCAUCCAAAUGGAAACGGCCGAGCAUGUGCUGCGGAUUCUCUAAAGUCGCAGGGAAGAAACCGUGACAAAAACAGCUCAUAUGCCUAUAAUGACUCGACUCUGCGUGGAAAUGGAGCAAAACAAAGCCAUUGUUGGUCUCAGGCUUCGCUGUCGGCUCCUAAGCCUCCUGGAAAUUUCAAUGGCGCUGGCAGAUUUCCUCCCAAUACACAAUCCCAUGGAUUCAGACCAACAUAUAAGGGAAAUCAAUCCGCAGGACAGUUCUUGACCUUUGCCAAUCAAAAGACAAGCUCUGUCCCAUAUUGUGGGUACGUUAAUGGAAACUCAGUUACUGGUUACGCGGAUCACAGAGAUAAUCACAGGAAACCUGAGAGAAAUGCAGAACAUGAUUCCUUGGUUGAAUUGAAAUGUGGUCCGAGAACACAUGCAAAGACUCGUCCUCCAUCUGAGUCGUCAUCACUCGAGCAAAAUAACGCGUUUGCCUCGGCUCUUCGUAGAGAGAUGUUUAACCUCCCUGAUUUCCAGACCGACUAUGAGGACGCCAAGUUUUUCGUAAUCAAGUCCUACAGCGAAGAUGAUGUCCACAAGAGUAUCAAAUAUUCCGUGUGGUCAAGCACUGUCAACGGGAACAAGAAACUCGAUGCAGCUUUCCGUGAUGCCGAAGCAAAAACACUCGCGGAUGGCAAAAAACGUCCAAUUUUUCUCUUCUUCUCGGUGAAUGCGAGCAGACAAUUUGUGGGAAUAGCUGAGAUGGUUGGAUACGUAGACUUCAACAAGGAUUUGGAUUUCUGGCAGGUUGAUAAGUGGAGCGGCUUCUUACCAGUUGAAUGGCACGUGGUGAAAGAUGUUCCUAACUGGGAACUAUGCCAUAUCAUGCUUGACAACAAUGAAGGCAAGGCAGUGACUCAUACGAGGGACACUCACGAGAUCAAGCUCAAAGAAGGUCUCCAAAUGCUUUCCAUAUUCAAGAAGUAUUCUGCGGUGACAUCUUUGUUAGACGACAUGGACUUCUACGAAGAACGAGAGAAGUCUCUUAGAGGGAAGAAGGAGAACAAACCAGCCACUCUUCGCAUGGAUAUCUACAAAGAGAAAGACUAUGAUUAUGAGAUGGAAGGCAACAGGAGAAUGAAUCAAGAAAGAGGAUAUAACUGGAGCAGAAGUAGCAGUAGCAGAACAGAAGCAUCUCUUGUCAAUCUCACCAAGAAUCUCUCCAUAAGAGGCUGCUCUGGAUCCAAGAAGUACACUGCCAAUUAA